AUGACGCCGCGACCGCAUUUACAACAAGAGCACGAGUUUUACGUUUCUCCAGGAACCAAAAACCGCGAGGCGGUGAUCGCAGCUAUUCCCGGAGUCGAGGUGCUCGCCCCGUCUCGAGACACCAUCAACAUCUGUGCCAAGCGCGAGAUGGCCCAUCACAAGCAAAUGUACCCUACGUUGGAGUUUCAUGACCGCACCAUUCUCAAUAAGCUGCGAAGCACACCUUCGCUGGCGCGUGCUGCUAUUCUGGAGACUCCCUCUAAGUUCGCAUCGGCGAAGUAUCAGAGCAGUGCAUCACGGUUCAAGGCCAUGGUCAGACAACAGAGGAGAAGGAGUAAGGGAAUACGUGUUGAGACGGUGGACGAUACGUUAGCCGUUGAUAAGGAUGACGAGGAAGGUGGAGACGAUAACCCAUUCCAACCUGUGAACAAGGAAUCUAAGGUCACGGAGCCCGAGGACGAACAGAACGAUCAGAGUGACUCUGAGGAGUCAGAGGAAGAACAAGAGUCGGAACCCCAAGGUAAAACAGUGAACGUGAAAAAAGAGGUGACUGACGUCACAGCUUCCCAGAUUGAUGAGUCCGACAGCUCUGACAACUCGGGCUCGGACUCGGGAGAGGGAAAGGGAUCGGGCCAGGACUCGGACUCUGACGGUCCUGACGGUUCUGACAACUCCAACACCACAAACGAGUCGGAGGAAUCUGAACAGGAAGGACAGAGAGAAGAAGAAUCGAUUCCUGACUCAGUUUCGGAAUCGAUACUGCCUUCUCUCAAGAAGUCUCCUCGCAAGAGAGUGUCUAUUACUCAACCUUCAAUCCGAACCUAUCGCAACAAAAGGAUCCGAAAGGUCGAGGAGAUUUCAGACUCUGAUGAUGAUUUUGGAUCACACACUCAAGAAAGCCAGGAGUCUGUGAAACCAGAACCCAAGAGGCACGAGAAUGACAAGUUCUACGAAGCUGAGGAGCAGUUUGAAAAGGAUGAGGAACAGUUUGAGACCGCCCCAGAUCAUCUCGGCAAUAAAGGGGAAACAGAGGACGAACCUGUAGAUGGUUCCGAGUCAGAAUCCGACCGAGAAGCGACUCCUACAAAAACAAGAUCAAGCAGAUCUCUCUCCAAGACUCCAGCCGAGGCGCCCAAACUAUCAACGAGGGCCUCUCAGCCACCGAAGUCACCCACCAAACAACCCAGCGAAGCUCGUAGACGACGCCGAGUGUUGCUGGAUGAAGACGACGGAUUUGAUGACGGGUUCGAAACCGAGUUUUCCCGAGAGCGACAGGCAGAGUUCUUUGUCCAGAGCGACUCUGACCACUACAGUGAUGAUGAAUACGGGCAGGACAGAAAGGGGAAUGGACACCAAAAUGAACAUCAAAACAACAGCCGGGAUCAAGUCGCUGUCAAAGAAGAUGAAGGAGAAUACGCAUACGAUCAUGGAGACGACGAGGAGAACGAGCAUUCAACUCGUGGCGAGUUCGAUGACGAGUUUCUGCCGAUACAGCCGAGACGCCGCGGCAAGCAUUCUCUCCAGGGAGGGAAGAAGGGAAGACCACGGGACAAGUUCAACCCUUCCAAGGAUAGACUGCUCCUGGAAACUUCAGAAACAGCCAAGAAACUGGCUAUUCCUCGCAAGGAGCUCUUUGACCAGCUCACCGCGAUGAUUGGACACACAGAAUUCUCCCUGCAAACUCGUCUCUCGAAGCUGGAAGCCGACGAGAAUUUACGUGAUAUAGCCCUCAAUGCUCCUGUCAUUGAAGGCGCUUCUGUGAGUGAUGUCUUUGCCAAGAUCAUGCACAAGGCUCAACGAACGACGGGACCCAAGCCUCGGGUGCGAAUUCCGUACACAGAUCUGGACGACCUGGCGAUCAAGGCCUUUGUCUGUGACUUGGACCCCUCAAAACGUGGAUCUUAUAGCUCAUAUGAGCCGUUUGCAGAGAAGUACACUCAUCACGACUCCAGCAGUGUGAAGGGUCGAUGGACCAAGACACUGGGUCCUCGGACUAACGAGAUUGAACUGCUGGAGGCUAAGCAAAAGUACACUCCUCAGCUUGAGCAGCAGUAUCUCAACUGGUUACAUAAUACCUAUCCUGCCUUAUUCCAGGGAUAG